CUGAGUUUUGAAUCUGAAACUUGUUGCAAAGUAGAAGGCCUUAUUUACAGGGUUAAUACUCUAUUUUUUAUUACAAUAAUCAUAAAAGAAUUUAAAAGCGCCAGUGUCCAUUGUUUAAAGAUUUUCCAGAUAGUGUGUUUAAUCAUAAAAGUAACUUUACUCCUGAAUUAAACCAUGGCUGACACAAGUACAAAUAAAGAAGCACCAGUGGCAAAAGUGCCUAUGAUAUAUGUUUGUGGAGAAUGCCACAGGGAAAAUGAGAUCAAACCUAGAGAUCCAAUCAGAUGCAGAGAAUGUGGUUACCGCAUUAUGUACAAGAAGAGAACAAAGAGAUUGGUUGUGUUCGACGCCCGAUGAGAAGAAAAUAAAAAAAUAUAUAUUUAAUUUUACAUUUACUUUAAUCUAUUCAUUAUAAAAUAUCUAUAUAAUGUAUAGUAUGUAUAGUAAACAAUAAAUGGGCAAAUAUUUGA